AUGAGAACAGAAAGAACUUCUGAAUUAAUAAAGCUUCUGGGACACGCCAAUCCCUCUGCCAGAAACAUCAGUGAAGGCCCCAUAAAUGUCACUGACUGCCUCUCCAUCGUCAUGCCAGAAGAAGUAUUCUUCACCAUCUCCAUCAUCGGAGUCCUGGAGAACCUCAUGGUCCUUCUGGCCGUGAUAAGAAACCAGAAGCUUCACUCCCCCAUGUACCUUUUCAUCUGUAGCUUAGCCGUUUCCGACAUGCUGGGCAGCCUGUAUAAAAUCUUUGAGAAUAUCCUGAUCAUCUUGAAGAACAAGGGUUACCUCGGGCCCUUGGGAGAUUUUGAGACCACGAUGGACGAUGUCAUCGACUCCCUGUUCAUCCUGUCGUUGCUCGGAUCUAUCUUCAGCCUGUCAGUGAUCGCGGUCGACCGCUAUAUCACCAUCUUCCACGCCCUGCAGUACCACAGCAUCAUGACCAAGAGGCGGGCCCUGAUCAUCCUGGCCGGGAUCUGGACCCUCAGUGCCGGGAGCUGCGUCACCAUGAUAGUGUUCACCUACCACAUCCCCACGGUGAUCUCCUUCACGGCACUCUUCCCCAUCAUGCUCAUCUUCAUCCUCUGCCUCUAUAUCCACAUGUUCCUACUGGCUCGAUCUCAUGCCAAGAAGAUCGUCGCCUUGCCCUCCACCGUGGUGCACCAGCGGGCCAACAUGAAAGGGGCCAUCACGCUGACCAUCCUCCUCGGGGUCUUCCUCUGCUGCUGGGCCCCGUUCAUCCUCCACCUCCUCCUGAUCACCUUCUGCCCCCAAAACCCCUACUGCACCUGCUACAUGUCCAUCUUCCAGGUGAAUGGCACGCUCAUCAUGUGCAACGCCGUCAUCGACCCUUUGAUCUACGCCUUCCGGAGCCCGGAGCUGAGAAAUACCUUCCGCAAGAUGUUCUGCUGGGCCAGGCCACAGUGGGACUAG